AGCCAAUGGAUGCUUCUGGUUUCACACAUUGGAAACAAACGCACUGCUAGCUUCCAGCGUAGCGUACGAGGCGUGUUAUGUAUCAGGUGGAGUCUAUGACUGGGAAUUUAAUAUACCCCCCUUUAUUUUAGGAAGCUGUGCUUACACAGUUUGAAACAUUUUUAACCUUUCCAUAGUUUAGGGGAAAAUAGAACAUUCACAAUGGUAUGCGGCGGGUUCACCUGUUCCAAGAACUCCCUCUGCGCCCUCAAUAUUCUCUAUGUCAUGGUGAGCCUGCUCAUGAUUGGCAUUGCCGCCUGGGGGAAGUGGUUCGGCCUGGUGUCCAGUUUCCAGGUGGUUGGCGGAGUCAUAGGAGUGGGUGUGUUCCUCUUCUUUGUGGCCCUGGUGGGACUCAUUGGAGCCAUGAGGCAUCACCAAGUGUUGCUUUUCUUUUACAUGAUUAUCCUCUUCAUGGUGUUUGUGGUGCAGUUCUCUGUGUCCUGUGCUUGCCUGGCCAUCAAUAAAGACCAGCAGAGCCACCUCCUGGAAGUGGGGUGGAAUAACUCCCAGAUCACACAGAAAGAUGUAGAGAAGACUCUGAACUGCUGCGGCUUUUCCUCUGUCGACUACAACGAGACUUGUGAUGCCCCCUGCUUCCCCAACCACUCGUGCGCCACAUGCGCAGCUAAGAUCCAGGAGCAUGCUGGGGAGGUGCUGCGCUUCGUAGGUGGGAUUGGCCUCUUCUUCAGCUUCACAGAGAUAUUGGGUGUGUGGCUAACAUACAGGUAUCGGAAUCAGAAGGACCCUCGUGCAAAUCCCAGUGCUUUUCUCUAAAAUCCGUAUUUGCUUUAAAAAAAAUAAAUAACUGCACUAUAUUUAGAACUACUGAAAAUGUCUUUAGCAAAACAAUCACCUAAUUUACCAAGCAACUGGGUGGGUGGAUUGUAGCAUUUGGUCAUCAGUAGUGUGUCUGCUCUUAAACUGAGGAAACUGCUGCCAAGCUCUGUGUUCAGAUGUUUAAUAGAGGCCUCCAUCAUGUUCUGAAUUUCAGAGGUAGGUUCUAAAAAGGCUGUGUGCAUUUCUGAGGAGACUGUCGCAUCUCAAAAUUCAAAAUUUCUUGAGGUUUGUGUUUUGCACAAUGAAAUGUAUUUCAAUGAGACACUGCUGUAUCACAAAAUGGCACUGCUAUGAUUUAGACCAUAGUAUAUGCAUGCUGGACUGAUGGAUGUCCAUGAAGGAAAAUACAGUUAGCUGAAGUAUAAUGUUAUUUAUAAAAUAAACAAUGAUGUUCAAUCAAAUUAAACAAAUUGCUGUUUAAACAUCCACUCAAUUUUUUCCAGUGUUAAAUACCCUUUUCCAUGUUUCCAUGCAUUUCAAAGUUUUUCAUUAUUGUUGCAUUUUUACGUAGGUAAUAUUAAGUUUUGCACAUUCUUUUGAAAGAAACUAUCCAUUCAGUCUCAUCUGUUGGUUAUUGUAAUUGCAAACAGUAACAAAGCAAUAAUAGAAUUAAAAACACAGUUUCUCCUCAAAAUAAUUAAGAAAAUUUAAGUUUUAGUUUGAGACAAAUUAUUAAUCAAAUGAUUAAUGGGUCUGCUUUAGUAAAAAGCUCUUACAUUAUGUAAUGCAGCAACCUUUGUAUUUAGCUAAUGAUUUCUGAUCUGUGCCUACAGUAUUCACGUCACAGUUUCACCUUGACUUUGUUGGAGUGUGUGCUUGAUUUCUACAUGCAUGCCUAUAUAAAAAAUCUAUGCCUGUAUCUGGCGGUUUUGUGGACUGUGUACUCAAAUGUUUGUAAAACAAAAUAAAGGGUUUGAUAUGUUGCUUAUUUAACAUGAUUUAACAUAUAACUAGAGUGUGAUGUACUGUCAGUGUUGGUUAUGCAGCAGAAAAUGUUAUGUCGUUACAAGUUAUAUCAGGCAAGCUUACAUUUUACAUGUUCAGGUAAGAAUGCUGUCUGGGGCUGUUGUUAUAAACAUAAGUCUUUUUUUAUUUUGCUUUUCAUAUCCAUUUAUAUGAAAGUACUGUACUUCUCCCUGAUGUCUGAAACUGGAUACAUUGUUCACUUUUUGCUAGUGGAAAUUGGUCCAAAGCGAUGUGAGUGUGAGUCUCACUCAAGAUUAAGUUAUGCAAAUGUAAUAAGGUCAUAAACAGUGUAUUCUCCUGUUGGUAUUGACUCUAUUGUUUUGAGUUGUUUGGGGGAUUGGAUAAUUGAACUCUCUAUCAGUAACAAGGAACAAACAAGACAUAUUGGUAAUUUUACGCUUUAUUCAUUGAACAAACAGUCCGGAGCCUCAGCAGCAGGUGGAAGAACCAUACGCAGCCACAACAGCCUGGCACCUCCUCCUCAUGCUGGUCACCAGCCCGGUCACACGUUGCUGUGGGAUGGCAUUCCAUUCCUCAACCAGGAUUCGUCGCAGGUCAGCUAAUGUGGUUGCGUUGGUCACUCUAGCACAUACAGCACACCCAAGCUGAUCCCACAAGUGUUCAAUUGGGUUGAGGUCUGGGCUGUUGGCAGGCAAUUCCAUUCAACCACGUUGGCUGACCUGCGACAAAUCCUGGUUGAGGAAUGGAAUGCCACAGCAACACGUGACCAGGCUGGUGACCAGCAUGAGGAGGAGAUGCCAGGCUGUUGUGGCUGCGUAUGGUUCUUCCACCCGCUACUGAGACUCCUGACUGUUUAUUCAAUGAAUAAAGCGUAAAAUUACCAAUAUGUCUUGUUUGUUCCUUGUUACUGAUAGAGAGUUCAAUUAUCCAAUCCACCAAACAACUCAAAACAAUAGAGUCAAUACCAACAGGAGAAUACACUGUUUGACAUUGGCAGGGAAAUUUGGCACAUUUCACUUGGGACCCCACCCACAUAACCGGAUGUGCUGCUCAUCCCAUAAAUGCAUGAUCCUUACAAAUGGGACAUCAUUGUAAAGGGAAAUUAACAGGCUUUCCAAUGAUAUAAUGCUAUAAUAUAAUGAGAUACAAUGCUAAUAAUACAGUAACAACAGACAUAUGAUCGACCAAACACAAAUUUCCAAACUUUUUUUGAGGAAUUUAUGUAUUUAACAUCACUGCACUUGAAUUAGUGUUUAAACGUUUUCAUCAAUAGUAAGAUUUAAGAAAUAAACAAAGCUUCAAAUUUCAA